GCUGCGCCAUUAAAAGCCCAUGUUUGCGCCCAAAUGGACCGAGCCGCUGGUCUCCAGGAAGCCGCUGGGCGCGUGCACGCAGGAAGCGCGUGCAGAGGGGCACUUCCUGCACGCUCCGCACAGCGGGGGGGCUGCUGCUGCUGCUCGAGCGCGCGCGUGAGUUGGUGAGCGGUCAGCUGACGAGGCGCCGAGUCAGCGCGCGUCGGGUCCCGUGGCUCUGCGCGCUGAGCGGAAGCGUGAGAGCCUGAGGUCCGCGUAUCCGGUUCUACCGGAGUCCUGCGAGCUGCAGACGGCGUUCGAGCGUCCUGGCUGGCUGUCCGUUACGGGGACACGACAUGCUGUCCUUUGAAGGAGCGAAGCGGAGCCUGGAGAGCGCAGGGCAGGCUCACGUCCUGCAGUUUUGGCCCGAGCUGGGUGAGGGGGAGAGACGCGCUUUCCUCCAGGAGUUGUCCCAGCUGGACCUGAAGGGCCUGCGGGAUCACUGCGAAGGAGCCGCGAGAGCCGCCGCCUUCCCGCCCUGCAGCCUGGAUGAGCACGUGGAGCCCGUUCCCGCCGAGUCCAUCGGCAGCGCGAGGACCGGCGACGAAGACUCGCUGGCAGCUUGGGGGAAUGAAGGCCUUCUGCAGAUCUCAGAGAAUCGAGUUGGAGUCCUGCUCUUGGCUGGUGGUCAGGGGACCCGUCUUGGUGUUCAGUAUCCAAAAGGGAUGUAUGACGUUGGACUACCAAGCGGCAAAACCUUGUAUCAAAUGCAGGCAGAGCGCAUUCACAAAAUCCAGCAGCUGGCUGACAGAAAGUUUGAGUCUGCAUGCACCGUUCCAUGGUACAUAAUGACCAGUGAGUUCACUCUGGCUCCCACUGAGAAGUUCUUCAAGGAGAACAACUACUUUGGUCUGCAGCCAUCAGACAUUGUGAUGUUUGAGCAAAGGAUGAUCCCAGCAGUGACCUUUGACGGAAAGGUCAUCCUUCAAGGGAAAGGGAAGAUAGCCAUGGCCCCAGAUGGUAAUGGUGGUCUGUACCAGGCACUGGUGGACAACAAGGUGCUGGAGGACAUGAAGAAGAGGGGAGUGGAGUACCUACAUGUGUACUGUGUGGACAACAUCCUGGUGAAAAUGGCCGACCCUGUGUUUAUUGGGUUCUGUGUGAGCAAAGGGGCUGACUGCGGAGCCAAGGUGGUGGCUAAGGUGCACCCUGCUGAGCCAGUGGGCGUGGUCUGCCGUGUGCAAGGCGUGUCCCAGGUAGUGGAGUACAGCGAGAUCCAACCGGAGACAGCGGCGCUCCGAGGACCUGGAGGGGAGCUGGUGUACAGUGCUGGAAACAUCUGCAACCACUUUUUUACAAGGAGCUUUCUGCAGGAUGUAGCAGAGGUGUAUAAAGGGCAACUGAAACAACAUGUUGCCUUUAAGAAAGUGCCCUUUGUUGACACAUGUGGCAAUCCAGUCAAACCAAGCAAACCCAACGGCAUUAAGAUGGAGAAAUUUGUUUUUGAUGUCUUUCCAUUCUCAAGGAACUUUGUGGCCUUCGAGGUUGUACGUGAGGACGAGUUUUCCCCGCUGAAAAAUGCGGACGGAGCGGCAGUCGAUAGCCCAACCACGGCCAGAAACUCUUUGCUGGCUCAACACUGCCGCUGGGCAACAGCCGCAAAAGCCACGCUGUUGGAUGAACGAGGGAAUCGCCUUCCCCCUUCAGACAGUGUGUCAGCGGGGGACAACCCCCCAGCACAGUGUGAGAUUUCCCCACUGGUCUCCUACUUCGGUGAGGGGCUGGAGCAGCUGCUCAAAGGGAGGACGCUGACAACUCCUCUCAUCCUCGAUGAAGAACUGUCCAAAUGCCUGCAGGCUCAGCGACACUGCUCUGAUGAAUAGACCGGAGCAGAUGUCAAGCUCUGCAGCCAGUCUGGAUGGAGGUGUUUAGAAGUAUCGGCCCAAGAAAUCACAGUUUUUAUACAUCUUUGAACUGUAUGUGAAGAUAAUAAAUAAUUCUGUCAAAGAGAAUGAGCUAGAAAUCUUUUGAUGUGAUGUUUUGGGAAUUCAUUUUAAGUUGUUUGCUUCUACUUUUACACGUUUACUUUUCUUGGGUAUAUUACAUGAGCGUUUUGUGUCACUGGAUAUUAUCGUGGUCUGCAUGACUCGUCACUGUAACCGAUGAAGGCCUCUCUUUUGUAGUCCUUCUUCAGAGAAAUGCUAGUUUCACCGCUGCAGGCUGACGUCACUAACAAGCGUCUCCCGUCGCAUCCGAGCUACGUAGCUUAGUGAAAUUGAGGUCUGGCUGGAUGUGAAUAGUCCCAAAAAUGACCUCAUGAAGUCUAUUCAUUGACCUCAGUGAAAAACCUCACAGGGUCAAAGAAAGAUGGUCAGGAGAAUUCACGAGGAGUUAGGAAAAGACUACAAUGUAUUGAAUAUUUCUCUGUAAUGUAGCCUCCAUAAACACUUUAUUGAGA